AUGAUAAAAAUCGGAAUUUGUGAUAGAAUCUAUCUAUCUAUCUAUCUAUCUAUCUAUCUAUCUAGUUCUGUUCCUAUCUAUCUAUCUAUCUAUCUAUCUAUCUAUCUAUCUAUCUAUCUAUCUAUCUAUCUAUCUAUCUAUCUAUUUGCUAUCAGAGGAGGCGCGGUAGAUAUCUAUCAAUUUGAAUCUAUUCUGCAUCUAUCUAUCUAUGUAUCUAUAUCUAUCUAUCUAUCAAGGGAUCGAUUGAUCGAUCGAUCGAUCAAUCUGAGUCUAUUUAAUAUGUUUCUUAUCUAUUCUGCAUCUAUCUAUCUAUCUAUCUAUCUAUCUAUCUAUCUAUCUAUCUAUCUAUCUAUCAAGCGAUCGAUUGAUCGAUCGAUCGAUCAAUCUGAGAAAGGGCUAAAUUUACUAUCUAUCUAUCUAUCUAUCUAUCUAUCUAUCUAUCUAUCUAUCUAUUUCGUAGCCUCUUGUACAUUUCUUUCUAUCUAUCUAUCUAUCUAUCUAUCUAUCUAUCUAUCUAUCUAUCUAUCUAUCUCGUAG